UCAUGUUAAAUGGACUAUCUGAUUAACCCUAUUGUUUGCAGUGACUGCCAUCCAGGUCCAGACUGUGAAUCUCUGCUUUAGACUCAGACAUGAUGUUUCUGGUUCUAGUGCUCCCUCUGCUGGUGGGGAGCACCCCUAUUUCUCAGGAAACAGACUGCUCUGAUGUCUAUGCUAAUGGACAAACACUGAGUGGAGUGUACACCAUCUACCCUGCAGGUGAAACACCUGUACAGGUGUACUGUGACAUGGGCUGUUUGGGAAGCCAAUCAGAGGAUGGGAGAUGGACGGUCAUUCAGAGGAGAAUGGAUGGCAGUGUGAAUUUCUACAGGGCAUGGGAUGCAUAUAAAAAUGGCUUUGGAGACAUGAAUGGGGAAUACUGGCUAGGUCUGGAGAACAUCUAUCAGAUAACAUGGAGUCAGAGGUACAUGCUGAGGGUGGAAAUGGAAGAUUUCGAUGGUGGCCGAGUCAAUGCUGGAUAUGCAUUAUUCUACAUUGAUUCAGAGCUGCAGAAGUACAGGCUGCACAUCAGUGGAUACAUCGAUGGAGGAGCAGGAGAUUCCUUGAUCAACUCCAACGAGAAAGAGUUUGGAACAUUUGACAAAGACAUUAACAAUUGUGCAAAGACUUAUGAAGGAGCCUUUUGGUUCAACAACUGCUUCCAGGCACACCCCAAUGGUGUGUAUAAAUGGGGAAGUGGUGUGGCGGCAUACACUGGAGUCCAUUGGUACCACUGGAAAGGCUGUUACUACUCACUGAAAUCUAUUGCCAUGAAGAUCAGGCGCGUGUCUCUAUGA